AUGCCGGACGGUGCGUGGCUGUCCGGGUCUGCGCCUCCAGGUGGGUCUCAAGGUUUGUCAAGGCGCGCAUCGCCCGGGACAGCCACCAUUGCGACCGUCACCGUUUCCGUGAACGCAGUGACUCCAUCCAUCGUGAAACGCCAAAAUCCACUGGCUUGUACUACAACCAUCACGUUUGACGUCUACCUAUACGGGCCCGGCUUCCAGCGCUACUCCUUCUCCGCCACCACGUGCGAUUUCAAGGACAGGCCCAAUCACGAUUAG